AAAGACGGUUGCUGAGCAUGCGCCCUGCUGCCCACGCGUCCUGUGAGCAGAGCCGAGGAAGAAGCGGUGGUGUGGACGGUGUCGUGAUCUUUCUGGCUGCCUGCCCUCAACCGGCGUCGCGGCCGCCAUGGCCCUCGUCCUCGUGGUGGUGGGACGGGGACAAGUGAGGACAGCUGGCGGCCGAGGACGGGGGAGAUGAAGACAGGGUGGGUCUUGGGGGCGUUCUUUGAGGUAUCUGAGUCCUGCAAGCACCUGGAACUGCCAGCGGAGCACUGAAGCCAGAGUGAUUUGACUGCCAGUUUGGCCGAUGUGAAUGAUCUUGCAGCCCGUUUAUUUGGUGUGACCACAGCAUGUACACUAUCCUUACACAAGGGUGAAAAAUGAGUGGGCGUGUGAGAACAAGAUCUAAAUCUAAACAAAGAAAGGAUGAUGGCAAGGCUAACCAGCCAGCUGCACCUGUGGCUGCCCAGCAGCCCAGUGAUGAGCAACCUCAACAAAAGGAGGCACCCACUGAGUGUCAGGAUAUUAUGCCGGAGCGAGAGAAAGCAGUUGAAGAAGCACCUCUGGAUGAAGGCCCUGACCUGGAAUCUGGUAUCCAGGAACUGCCUGUGCCAAAGACUGGGGGCAAAAGUGAAGAUGACAGUGAUGUGAAGGGGGCGGAUGUCCCAACACUGGAGCCCGUGAAGAUGCCUGAAGCAGAUAUGUUAUCCAUUGAGAAUGCAAAGUGAAGGACAACCGAAAGUGUAAGCAAGAAGAAGCUGAAACCAUGCAAACUGCUCUCAUGUAGGAAGGACACUUCACUGUUAAAAAUCCCUCAAUAAAAUCUUACAACUUUC